AUGUCGCUCUCGAGCAAGCUCGCCAUCACCGACGUCGACCUCAAGGACAAGAAGGUCCUCGUCCGCGUCGACUUCAACGUCCCCAUGGACGGCGACAGGAUCACCAACAACCAGCGCAUCGUCGCCGCACUCCCCACCGUCAAGUACGCCCUCGAGCAGAACGCCAAGGCCGUCAUCCUCAUGUCCCACAUGGGCCGCCCCGACGGAAAGCCCGUCGCAAAGUACUCGCUCAAGCCCGUCGCCGCCGAGGUCUCCAAGCUCCUCGGCAGGGACGUCAAGUUCCUCCCCGACUGCGUCGGCCCCGAGACCGAAAAGGCCGUCGCCGAGGCCAAGGACGGCCAGGUCAUCCUCCUCGAGAACCUCCGCUACCACAUCGAGGAGGAGGGCAAGGGCACCAACGAGGCCGGCGAAAAGGUCAAGGCCGACCCCAAGAAGGUCGAAGAGUUCCGCGCCUCGCUCACCAAGCUCGGCGACGUCUACGUCAACGACGCCUUUGGCACCGCCCAUCGCGGCCACGCGUCCAUGGUCGGCGUCAACCUCCCCCAGCGCGCCGCCGGCUUCCUCGUCAAGAAGGAGCUCGAGUACUUUGCAAAGGUCCUCGAGAGCCCCGAGAAGCCCUUCCUCGCCAUCCUCGGCGGCGCAAAGGUCUCGGACAAGAUCCAGCUCAUCGACAACAUGCUCGACAAGGUCAACUCGCUCAUCAUCUGCGGCGGCAUGGCUUUCACCUUUAAGAAGACGCUCGAGAACGUCAAGAUCGGCAACUCGCUCUUCGACGAGGAGGGCAGCAAGAAGGUCGCCGACAUCGUCGCCAAGGCCAAGAAGAACAACGUCGAGCUCGUCCUCCCCGUCGACUACGUCACCGCCGACAAGUUCGACAAGAACGCCAAGGUCGGCAGCGCCACCGACGCCGAGGGCAUCCCCGACGGCUGGAUGGGCCUCGACUGCGGCCCCGAGACCAGCAAGAAGUUCGCCCAGACCAUCCUCGCCGCCAAGACCAUCCUCUGGAACGGCCCCGCCGGCGUCUUCGAGUUCGAGAACUUCGCAAAGGGAUCCAAGGCCAUGCUCGAUGCCUGCCUCGAGGCAGAGAAAAAGGGCGCCACGUGCAUCAUUGGAGGCGGCGAUACCGCGACUCUGGCCGCUGAUUACGGCGCCGAGGACAAGAUUUCGCACGUGUCAACGGGUGGGGGCUCGUCUCUGUCGCUGUUGCAGGGCGAUGUUAUGCCGGGCCUCGACUCUUUGUCUGAGCGCAAAUAG